CUGGAUUGAACAGGUUUGAUUUGAAUCUCACCUUCCUCUCGCACAGGGACUUUAAAGUAGGUAGGAAAAGAUGCGUGUCUGCGUGAUUUCAUCAGGACAGAUGAUGGGCCAUGUCGUGGCCCGGUCUCAGCUGAUACUGUCUCGAAGUAACUUCGCCGAUUGUAUACGGUGUCAGGGCUUGAGGGUUUCAAAAACCCUAAAAAUGGAGUCGCAGUCUAAGCGACCCACUUGCCCUUCUUGCGCUAAACCGACGCAGCUCUGUCUCUGCAACCGGAUGCGAUCUCCGUGUCUGGAUAAUCAGGUGAGUGUCACUAUCCUUCAGCACAGUCUCGAGAGGAAACACGCGCUUAAUUCAACUCGAAUCGCUAGAAUAGGGCUUAAGAAUGUUAGUGUCACCACCGUUUUCGAUGUACAUGACGAGGCCGAGUUCGUAAUCAGCAAGAUUGGCUCCAAUCGUUUGGAACCUGAAGAUAGCUCAAAGUUAGGUAGUGCUAAUCUGGAUAACUUAGAAUGUGAGAAGAAGGUUAUGCUUGUUGAUCAUGGAAGCUCGAAAAUCGCUGAAAGUUUGAACCUUUCUCAACAUUCGGCUGAAAUUUCUUGUCGAGAUUCAGGGGUUACAGAGAAGACAGGGUCUUGUGAAGGAAGUAUAUCAGAGGAUUUAAUCAGAAUCUCUAUGAAAAAACGAGGUGUUAUCCACAAUGUCUCACACUCUAUGAAACUGGAAAGCCAUGUGGAAGAUCCUAGUUUUGAUCAAAUAUUGGCUUCUCCUGCCGCCAUGGAUGUCUUGGCGAAAGGCUUUGUGGUAACAAAGUUCUCGGAAGGGAAACGAGAAUUUGAGCUUGAGGUUUCUCUUGGAUCAGCUCUGCUGUUCCCGAGCGAAGAUUCGGUGGAGAUCAGUGAUCUUGAAGAGAGAGCAUUGAAGCUAAGGAAUCUGAUUGUUCUUGAUGGGACAUGGUCGAAGGCAAGAAGAAUGUACCUUGAGAAUCCGUGGCUGAAGCUUUUGUGUUGCCAUGUGAAGCUGGACAUUGAAGGUACAAGCUUGUACAGAGAAGUUAGGAGGCAGCCAAGAGCAGGAUGUUUGUCGACAGUAGAGAGUAUUGUACACGCCAUGAAGGAGAUUGGUGAAGAUCCUGAAGGUUUGGAUAAUAUGUUGGAUGUUUUUGAAUCCAUGGUUGAAGAUCAAAGAAGAUGUAAAGAUGAGAACUUCGGAGAAAUUCUCUGAAAGCCAGUGACUUUGUUGUUGUAUAACUUGUAAGCAGUAAGCUAAAAGAAGAAGAUUGUCAUUUGUUUCCAGUUUUGCUAAUUAUGCGAUAGUUGGAGUCUUUUUCUUUACAAUUUAUGAAAAUUUUGGGUUAUAAUCACGAAAAACAAUAGUUCUGGGUCAAAAUGUAAACUAGGAAUUUAUAUGUUUGUUCAGUAAAACUUUUGUUGGCUUUCAAAUUAAACCCUACGAGAAGACGCGCUUAGCGAAAAAGCUCAGUGUUUUAUUUUCCGAAUGCUUUCAAUUCGCAGAAGCUUAACUCUAGCGAAAGAGGCAAAAGAUUCGUUUGUGUUGCUGUGUAAUCUCCGAGCUCGAUUUCUAUCUACAGAUUACGAUGAUCCACCAUUUUCGCCUCUCUCCAAACCCACUAAACCUCCAAGCGAGAAGAAGAAGAAGAAGAAGAAAACUCAGCAGGAUCAGUCAUCGGAACCGGUGAAUAACCCGACGGCGCCGGUGACUUCAGACCUCCCUUUCGACUUCAGGUAUUCGUAUUCGGAAACCAACCCGGCAAUUAAACCGAUUGGAUUCCGUGAACCGAAACGGUUUUCUCCAUUCGGACCUGGUCGAUUGGACCGGAAUUGGACGGGGACUUCUGCUCCGGCUUCUCCAGAGAAUGACCAGAGCCAAUGGGCGGAGGAGAGAGAGAAGGUUCUCGGCGAGCCUUUGACAGAGGAGGAAGUGAGUGAGCUUGUUGAACGGUAUCGUCAUAGUGAUUGUUCACGGCAGAUUAAUCUUGGGAAAGGCGGAGUGACUCACAAUAUGAUUGAUGACAUUCACAAUCACUGGAAGAAAGCAGAGGCAGUGAGGAUUAAAUGCUUAGGAGUACCAACUCUUGACAUGGGCAACAUAUGUUUCCACCUUGAGGAAAAAUCCGGUGGAAAGAUCGUAUACAGAAACAUAAACAUCCUUGUUUUGUACCGAGGAAGGAAUUAUGAUCCAAAGAAUCGUCCCAUCAUACCAUUAAUGUUGUGGAAGCCUUAUCCACCGAUAUAUCCAAGACUUGUAAAGAAUGUCGCCGAUGGAUUAACUUUUGAAGAGACCAAAGAGAUGAGAAAUCGUGGUCUUCGUUAUCCUGCUCUAAUGAAACUUACGAGGAAUGGUGUCUAUGUUAACGUUGUGGCAAGAGUGAGGGAGGAAUUUGAAGCAGAAGAGAUUGUGAGACUAGAUUGCACUCAUGUUGGGAUGAGUGACUGCAAACGAAUCGGUGUGAAGCUAAAGGUAUACAGUCUAAAUGGGAUUUGGUUCCAUGUGUUCCCAUAUUGUUCAAAGAUGAACAGAUCAUACUCUGGAGAGGGAAGAGGAAUUGAGAAGAAGAGAUUGUUACUCUGUGAAACAAUGAUCCUGUGACCUGAACUAAUCCAAUUGUAAACCAAAACAUCCUCAUUUAUACAACAAUAUAUUAACUCAAUUUCAUGUCUGAAUCAAUGAAUUGGCUGAUCUGUGUGUUGCAAUACAAAAUAGGGAUGGGUCCAACCAAACCAAACUGGUAUUGACCAAAUUGAGACUAACAUUGGACCAGUCUAAAAUUUGUUCUUUAUGAAAUUGAUUAGACU